UGCUUCGUCGGUGAGGUGUGCGACGACUACGACAACGCGGGGCCGCACAAUCUCUUGUAGAGAGAAAAAAACCAAACGCGCCUCGCUGUGCGCCGCGCUCCACGCAAGUUUCGCAGUCGGUGCUCGGAAUUCUCUCAGGCGCGUGUAUCGAAAAUGUGGCGAUGAAUACGUUGAGUGCAUUUGUGUGUGUGUACUCAGUUCACGUAGCGAAGAUCGCCCCGCGUGUGCGCUACCGACAUCAUUUCGCACAAGAAUAAUCGUACGAAUUAACAUUGUUCAAACAUAUGCGCGUGUGCAAAAGUAAAGUGGAACUUUUACGCGAUUUGCGCUACUAGUCUUCAGAGUAAAAUGCUGAACGUGCGGCAUAUGCAACCGAAAACAUAAAUUGCUUAAUAUUCAUGCAACGAAAAUAAAUAAAAUGCACACAAAUAAAAGUCGUGAGAAACGUGAGAAUAAUCAAUCAGCUGAUAUGAAACGUCCGGGUCGAAGUUGCGCGGUCGUCGCGUUGUGUUGUGUCAUUGUGCUGCUUGUUACCGAUGCGGUUGCCGCAGAAAAUGUACUGGGACACUCCGAAAAGCAGAGAUAUGAUGGAUGGUUUAAUAAUUUGGCACAUCCGCACUGGGGUGCUACAAAUAGUCACCUGAUAAGGAAAGCGCCGCCGGCGUAUUCGGAUGGCGUAUACAUGAUGGCCGGUCAGAAUCGGCCGAGCCCUAGGAAAUUAAGUCGUUUAUUUAUGAAAGGCAUCGACGGAUUAAGUUCGAUGCAGAAUCGCACAGCGCUGCUGGCAUUCUUCGGACAAUUAGUUACGUCGGAAAUUGUGAUGGCUAGUGAGAGUGGCUGUCCUAUUGAGAUGCAUCACAUCGAGAUUGAAAAAUGUGAUGAGAUUUAUGAUAAAGACUGUCGGGGUGAUAGAUAUAUUCCAUUUCAUCGAGCGAUGUACGAUAGACAUACUGGGCAAAGUCCAAAUGCGCCAAGGGAACAGAUGAACCAAGUAACAAGUUGGAUGGACGGUAGUUUCAUCUACAGUACAAGCGAGCCGUGGAUAAACACAAUGCGCUCAUUCCAAAAUGGCACGUUGUUAACAGACGCAUCCGGGAAAAUGCCGAUAAGAAACUCGAUGCGGGUACCACUGUUCAACAAUCCGGUGCCGCAGGUGAUGCGGAUGCUCAGCUCGGAGCGGCUUUUUCUCUUGGGAGAUCCGAGAACAAAUCAAAAUCCAGCUAUUUUAACUCUGAGUAUAUUAUUCUUCCGAUGGCAUAAUGUGGUGGCGGCCAGAGUGCAACACCAACAUCCGGAUUGGACCGACGAGGACGUGUUCCAAAGGUCGCGAAGAAUCGUCAUCGGGACUAUUCAGAAUAUCAUAAUGUACGAGUAUUUGCCGGCGUUUUUGGGUAGAAAGUUGCCGGAGUACACCGGCUACCGGCAAGAAGUGCAUCCUGGCGUGACGCACGUUUUCCAAGCGGCGGCGUUUCGUUUCGGCCACUCGCUGAUACCGCCUGGUUUGUACCGUCGUGACGGCAAGUGCAAUUUUAAGAAGACGGCAAUGGGACAUCUUGCUAUACGUCUCUGCAGCACAUGGUGGGAUUCGAAUGAUGUGUUGAGCAACAACUCGGUGGAGGAGCUCCUGAUGGGCAUGACCUCGCAGCUGGCGGAACGCGAAGAUGCCGUUCUCUGCUCUGACGUCAGAGAUAAGUUAUUUGGCCCGAUGGAGUUUUCCCGGAGGGAUCUAGGUGCGCUUAAUAUAAUGCGCGGUAGGGACAAUGGCCUUCCAGAUUACAACACCGUCCGUGCGCAAUAUAAAUUGCCCAAGUAUAAGGAGUGGAAUGAUAUAAAUCCGAAACUUUUCGAAAAGAAUCCGGAAAUUCUGCGCGUGUUAGUUUCUGCCUAUAAUAAUGAUAUUAACAACGUCGAUGUGUACAUUGGAGGUAUGCUGGAGAGUUAUGGUAAACCUGGUGAUUUAUUUGCGGAGGUCAUAAUCGAGCAGUUUACGCGAAUUCGUGACUCGGAUCGUUUUUGGUUCGAAAACACAAACAACGAAAUUUUUACUCUUGAAGAAAUUGAAGAGUUAAGAAAAAUUAAAUUGUGGGAUGUUAUUGUCAACAGCACAGACAUCAAACCAGAGGAGAUACAACGUAAUGUCUUCUUUUGGAAUGUUGGUGAUCCAUGUCAACAACCAAUGCAACUCAAUGCAUCUCAGUUAGAACCUUGUAAAGUACUUGGAGGGUACGAUUAUUUUGAAAACAACGAGUUAGUAUAUAUUUAUGCUUGCGUUUUCCUCGGGUUUGUUCCGAUACUGUGCGCUGGUGCCGGUUAUGGCGUUGUCAAACUGCAAAAUCGACGCAGGCGGAGACUCAAAAUACAACAAGAAGAGUUACGUAAUUCAGUAGAUGGUAAACUUCCAGUUGACACUAUGAUUGUGCAGGAAUGGCUGCAUGCUAAUCACAAACGACUGGUCAAAGUAAAUAUCGGUCCUGAAUUAGCUCUACAUAUUGUGGGGCGAAAAGGUGAAAAACUACGCACGCUUAAUUUUAAAAAUGUCGAAACUGUUACAUUAGAAGAAUCACUUGAUGUACACGGUAAAAAGAAACCCCUAGUUUUAAUUCGCCUUCCACGCGAACACGACUUGGUCCUCGAAUUGGAUACGAUAGGGAUGAGGAAGAAAUUUAUUAGCAAACUGGAAUUAUUCCUGAAUUCCCACAAGCGCAACCUUAUUUGUAUACAAGUAGUCCGUGAAAUAAUGCUCGCCAAGGCGGAAACACGAGAGCGAAGACAACGUAAGCUCGAGCACUUUUUCAGAGAGGCUUACGCGCUAACAUUUGGGUUGCGACCUGGAGAGCGGCGUAGGCGAUCCGAUGCCAGCACGGAUGGUGAGGUUGUAACGGUAAUGAGAACUUCGCUCUCAACCAGUGAGUUUGCGAAUGCAUUAGGCAUGAAACACGAUGCCGUAUUUGUUAAGAAAAUGUUUAAUAUUGUUGAUAAAGACAGUGAUGGCAGAAUUUCAUUCCAAGAGUUUUUGGAUACUGUAGUAUUGUUUUCACGAGGUAAAACAGAAGACAAAUUGAGAAUUAUCUUCGACAUGUGUGAUAAUGAUAGAAACGGAGUUAUCGAUAAAAUCGAACUUUCCGAGAUGAUGAGGUCAUUAGUAGAAAUAGCGCGAACAACCAGUUUGUCUGAUGCUCAUGUUACCGAACUCAUCGACGGAAUGUUCCAGGAUGCCGGUUUAGAACAUAAAGAAUUCCUCACCUAUAGCGAUUUCAAGGAGAUGAUGAAGGAGUAUAAGGGUGAUUUCGUCGCCAUUGGAUUGGAUUGUAAAGGAGCGAAGCAAAACUUCCUCGAUACAUCAACCAACGUCGCGAGAAUGACAAGUUUCCACAUUGAGCAACCCGCAGACGCCGAAGAGGGUUAUCUGAAAUUGAAGUGGAAUUCAGUAACUACAUUCCUAGAAGAAAACAGACAAAAUAUUUUUUACCUUUUUGUGUUCUACGUUAUUACGAUCGCGCUUUUCGUUGAGAGAUUUAUACAUUAUUCAUUUAUGGCUGAACACACGGAUCUGCGUCACAUCAUGGGCGUCGGCAUUGCUAUAACUCGAGGAUCUGCCGCAUCGUUGUCCUUCUGCUAUAGCAUGCUCCUCUUGACAAUGUCCCGCAAUUUACUAACAAAACUCAAAGAAUUCUCCAUCCAGCAAUACAUUCCUUUAGAUGCUCAUAUUCAAUUCCAUAAAAUAGCCGCGUGCACAGCACUCUUCUUCUCAAUAUUACACACAGUGGGACACAUUGUGAACUUUUACCACGUCUCCACACAACCUGUUGAGAAUUUGAAAUGUCUCACCAGUGAAGUCCGUUUCCCAUCCGAUUACAAGCCGGGUAUUACAUUCUGGUUAUUCCAAACCAUAACGGGCGCCACGGGAGUGAUGCUCUUUAUAACGAUGUGCAUAAUUUUCGUCUUCGCGCAUCCUUUGAUCCGCAAAAAAGCGUACAACUUUUUCUGGAUGACUCACAGUCUCUAUAUUGUUUUGUAUGCGCUGUGUUUAAUUCACGGCUUGGCAAGACUCACAGGCGCCCCGCGUUUCUGGCUGUUCUUUAUCGGGCCGGGAAUUAUCUUCACACUGGAUAAAGUAGUCAGUCUGCGAACGAAGUAUAUUCCGUUGGAUGUCAUCGAGACAGAACUACUGCCGUCGGACGUGAUCAAGAUCAAGUUUUAUCGUCCGCCCAAUUUGAAGUAUCUCUCCGGGCAGUGGGUGCGUUUAGCAUGCACGGCGUUCAAGACAUCCGAGUCGCAUUCCUUCACGCUCACCUCUGCGCCGCAUGAGAACUUCUUGUCGUGCCACAUUAAAGCGCAAGGGCCGUGGACAUGGAAGCUGAGGAAUUAUUUUGAUCCAUGUAAUUACAAUCCAGAGGAUCAGCCCAAGAUAUUAUUGGAGGGACCUUUCGGUGGGGGAAAUCAAGAUUGGUACAAGUUUGAGGUCGCUGUUAUGGUCGGAGGUGGUAUUGGUGUCACUCCUUAUGCUUCAAUUCUCAACGAUUUGGUGUUUGGUACGUCAACAAAUCGAUAUUCGGGUGUUUCAUGUAAAAAGGUAUAUUUCUUGUGGAUUUGCCCGUCGCACAAACAUUUCGAGUGGUUUAUUGAUGUCCUUCGAGAUGUGGAGAAAAAAGAUGUGACAAACGUCUUAGAAAUCCACAUUUUUAUCACACAGUUUUUCCACAAAUUUGAUUUGAGGACAACCAUGUUGUACAUUUGUGAAAAUCAUUUCCAACGUUUGUCGAAAACGUCAAUGUUUACCGGUUUGAAAGCAGUCAAUCAUUUUGGCCGGCCUGACAUGACGUCGUUCCUGAAGUUUGUUCAGAAAAAGCACAGCUAUGUGAGCAAAAUCGGCGUCUUCAGUUGUGGCCCGAGACCGUUAACCAAGAGCGUGAUGUCCGCAUGUGACGAUGUUAAUAAAGCACGCAAACUGCCGUACUUCAUCCAUCACUUCGAAAAUUUCGGCUGAGAAAGCCAAUUAGUAAAUUUUACAUUAAAUUAUUUAAUUUUAAACGCAUAUCGAAGUCAUCCGAAGAGUAAUACAAAUAAAAUUCUGUGUAAACGUUCAGUUUUAAAUCAAUGUUUAUAUUUAAUAAAAAUAUAUGUUAUA